AUGCAGCUGGAGGUUGGCAGUGCCAGCAGUUUCCUCCCCUGGCUGUGCCAGAAGAUGGCGGCCUCCCUGGAUCCACUGCAGCUGUGCCAUGUGACAACGGCUGCUCACCCGCAGUCCCAGGAACUGGCCAGAAUUGGUCUUGGAAGUGAUGUAGACCUACACAUCAUGGAACUGCCAGUGGCUUACAAAAAAGCAAGAGAAAUUGUCUGUCAAGCAUGGGCAACCCUUCAGCCCCAAGUUAUGAUUCAUAUUGGCCUGGUUUCUACUUCUAAAGCAAUCAUCAUUCUGGAGCAGUGUGGGAAGAACAAAGGCUAUAAAGAAAAGGAUGCUUGUGGAUUUUGUCCAGAAAAAGGUUGUUGUGUCUUAGAAGGCCCGGAAAGAAUAGACUCUACAAUUAAUUUGAAGUGUGUCUGGAAAAACGUUCAGGUGGAAGGGAUGGAUGUAAUUUUUUCCAGAGAUGCAGGAAGGUACGUUUGUGAUUACAUCUAUUAUAACUCUCUUUACUAUGGUAAUGGAAGAGCAGCGUUUAUCCAUGUACCUCCCCUAUCCCAAUGGGUGACAGCAGAACUUAUUGGAAGAGCCCUACAGACUGUUAUCUUAGAGAUCUUAAAGCAAUGUAAACAGGGGAUAAUGUAA